CUUUCAAAAUACAGCUAUACUAAAUAUCAUGUGAAAAUGCUAAUCUUUACCAAAAAUGCCGUCAUGGUAGGUUUAUUAAUUAGGCUUGGCUUUCACAAGGCAUCUGCAACACCAUAAAUAAAGAGGGACAUAUCAUCCACCUGUACAAAAAUAAAAUAUGCUUCUGGCUCCCGUUCUCUAUUGCUUGACUUUUGUCUCCUUUCUGAGCACAGAUCCCUGUGUGGGUUUGGAGGCCCUGAUUUACUUCACUUCUGUAUGCUUCAAAUCUUAAAAUACAUGACUUUCUAAAAUUUAUUUUUCAUUUCAUCACGUUUUCCACUUUGAGAGAUUCUUUCCCCAUUGUGAUAAUGGGUAACACCAGCAGGUGCACCUUGUGUUUAGUACCUCCAGAUUAGCAGAAGCUUUAGAAAGUUUAAGUGAGAAAAAAACUUUAGAAAGUGUAAGUUAUGAAAAAAACCCCUUCAUCAGAAAGUCUCCCUGUUGAUCAGUGGUUGGCUUAGUCACAUUUGUGCCUAAACAUUAAAUCUAAUUGUAGUAUUGACAGGUUGCAAUUAUCCUGGGCAAAAGACCACUCUACCUUUAAUUCCUGUUAAGCCUCAAUGAUAGAUUGUAGCAAUAAACCUUUUCAAUUCCUUAUACAUUGGAAAUCAAAUGUGUAUUUUGCAUUGCAAGACCUCGAAUGAAGGAAAGGUAAAACUCAGUAACAGAAUAAAUACAACUUUGAUUGUCCUGUAGAAUCAAUGUACCUUGGGUCUUUCAGAUAAAUAGCCCCCUUUUCCAAAUGAAGCUUCUACAUAUACAUUGUUAUACAAUAUUGGAAUAUUUACCAAUUACACACCUACUGUUAGAAUUUUACUUGUGGAGAAAUCUAUGGUAUACAAUGUUAGCACUCACAGUUAGAAGUUUGAUUUUUAUAGGUCUAUAUUGUUGCUGAUUUCUGUCACUGAUGGGCUGCAUGCAAAGAAACACAGUGACAAUGUGCUUUUGUUGAACUGUCUGAGAACCUUGUGAUCUUCAUGAUUAAUCUUUUUUAAUCUUUGGUUAUUCUCUCCUUUAUAGGCUACAUUUCCUACUCAAGAAAGAUAUUCCCAGUGAAAAUUCCAAAAGAUAGUUUGAAGAAACAAACCUAGAGCAAUGGAGAUCUUGAGAUUUGUGUCCAUGUGUGGAUCCCAAGAAGAACUAAGGAUGAGUUUAGGAACUUCAGGCACUGCUGUUUCAUUUCUUACACUUACACUGAAGGCAAAUGGAGAGUCAGAAUAUUGGAAUGUGCUUGUAGGUGCGGAGACCUUCGGAAGAAAUGGCGAGGAGGGAGAGGUGGACACCUGCUCAAAGAAAACUUUGCUGCCAGGGAGAAGCUGUAACGUGGGAAAGAAUUCGUCCUCGUGCAGGAUGCUGUACUGGGAAUGACAGGCAACCAUUUGCUGUCUCACUGUCGGUACCUCAGGAGUCAAGCUGCAUCAAGAGAGUUCUUCACAGAGCUGUUUCUAGGAACUCUUUAGUUAGAUUCUUGAAUCAAAAGGUGAAAUGUCAACCAAAGUGCCAAACAUUAAGCUGAAAAUUGAUCCUCGGGAUCUGCAGAUCCAGACAUUUACAGUGGAGAAAUUACUGGAACCGUUGAUAAUUCAGGUUACAACACUAGUGAACUGUCCACAGAAUCCUUCUAGUAAGAAAAAGGGCCGUUCCAAAAGAGCUCGUGUCUUGCUGGCUUCUGUGGAAGAAGCCACUUGGAAUCUGUUGGACAAGGGAGAAAAAAUUGCCAAAGAAGCAGCUGUGUUUAAAGAGGAACUUCAUGCAGCUCUUGCUGAUGUCAGGAAAGAGAGUCAAGCCCUGAAGGUGUCAGCAGAGGCGUUCACCAGCGAUCCCUGCUCCCUGCCCCGCAGGCAGGCCGUUGUCCCGGCAGCGCGCUCCCUGCUCGCGGCUGUCACAAGGCUGCUCGUUCUGGCCGACAUGGUUGAUGUGGUGUAUUUACUGCAGCAUUUGACUGUGUUUCAAAGAACAUUUGAAUCUUUAAGAAAUGUAUCCAGUAAAUCUGAGCUACAGAAAACCUACCAGAAGUUUCGAAAAGAUCUGGAAAAUCUGGAUUAUUUGGCAUACAAACGUCAGCAGGAUUUGAAAUCUAGCAGUCAGCGAGAUGAGAUUGCUGCAGCACGUGCAUCCCUGAAGGAAAAUUCCUCUUUCCUACAUUCAAUAUGUUCAGCUUGUUUGGAACAUUCAGAUGUUGCAUCCCUUACAGCCAGCAAGGAUUCAAUUUGCAAUGAAAUACAGAAUGCUCUCAAUGCAAUUUCUAAUGCUUCCCAAGGAGUUGGAAAUAAAAUGGAACAACCUACGUCUUGCACAGCUACUCUUGGAAGUGCACUUGAUGAGCUUGAGAAUUUAAUUGUCCUGGAUCCUCUUGUAGUGAAUGAGGAGACAAUAAGGCCCUCCCUAGAGAAACGUCUGGAAGCCAUUAUAAGUGGAGCAGCUCUGCUGGCCGACUCCUCGUGCACGCGGGAUGUCCAUCGGGAGCGCAUCAUCGCCGAGUGCAACGCCAUCCGCCAGGCCCUGCAGGACCUGCUCUCAGAGUACAUCAACAAUGCUGACAAGAAAGUGAGAAAUAAUGCCUUGAACGUGGCAAUAGACAGUAUGUGCAAGAAGACAAGAGACCUCCGCAGACAGCUCCGUAAAGCCAUUAUAGAUCACAUCUCAGACUCCUUCUUAGAUACCACUGUUCCACUUCUAGUUCUCAUUGAAGCUGCUAAAAAUGGAAGAGAGAAAGAAAUAAAGGAAUAUGCUGCUAUAUUUCGAGAACAUACCAGCAGGCUUGUGGAGGUUGCUAAUCUUGCUUGUUCAUUGUCAACAAAUGAAGAUGGAACAAAAAUUGUCCAGAUGGCAGCUAAUCGCAUAGAGACCUUGUGCCCACAGGUCAUUAACACUGCUUUAGCUCUUGCUGCCAGACCAAAAAGUCAAGUUGUGAAAAACAACAUGGAGAUGUAUAGGAGUACAUGGGAGAAUCACAUCCAUGUUCUUACUGAAGCUGUGGAUGAUAUAACAAGUAUUGAUGAUUUUCUUGCUGUAUCAGAAAGCCACAUUCUCGAGGAUGUGAACAAGUGCAUCAUUGCCUUGAGGGAGCAGGAUGGGGAUGGUUUGGAUCGUGCCGCAGGUGCCAUCCGAGGACGUGCUUCCAGAGUCGCUCACAUUGUUUCGGGCGAGAUGGACAAUUACGAACCGGGUGCUUACACUGAAGGGGUGAUGGCAAAUGUUCAGGAUCUCACCAAGAAUGUGAUUCCAGAGUUUAUUAGUCAAGUAAAUAUUGCUUUAGAGAGCCUAAGUAAGAACACAGUCCAUCUGUUUGAUGAUAACCGGUUUGUGGACAUUUCUAAGAAGGUGUAUGAUGCGAUUCACAACAUCAGGUGCUCAGUCAUGAUGAUUCGGACACCUGAGGAGCUCGAAGAUGUGUCUGACCUGGAAGAAGACCAUGAUGCACGUAGUCGUACCAGUAUCCAGACUGAAGGGAAGACUGACAGGGCCAAGAUGACUCAACUGCCAGAGGCUGAAAAGGAAAAGAUAGCUGAGCAAGUGGCUGACUUCAAAAAAGUCAAGAGUAAGCUUGAUGCAGAGAUUGAAAUAUGGGAUGAUACCAGCAAUGACAUAAUUGUUCUGGCCAAGCGGAUGUGUGUGAUUAUGAUGGAGAUGACUGACUUCACAAGGGGGAGAGGACCACUGAAGCACACAUCUGAUGUGAUCAACGCAGCGAAGAUGAUCUCGGAGUCAGGCUCCAGGAUGGACGUCCUGGCGCGGCUCAUUGCGGAUCAGUGUCCAGACCAGUCGUGCAAACAGGAUUUAUUGGCUUACCUAGAACAGAUCAAGCUCUACUCCCACCAGCUCAAAAUCUGCAGUCAAGUUAAAGCAGAAAUCCAGAAUCUCGGUGGAGAGCUUAUCAUGUCUGCUUUGGACAGUGUCACUUCACUAAUUCAGGCCGCUAAAAAUCUAAUGAAUGCUGUGGUGCAGACAGUGAAGAUGUCCUAUAUUGCAUCCACAAAGAUUAUCAAGAUUCAGAGUCCCACUGGCCCACGACAUCCAGUUGUCAUGUGGAGAAUGAAGGCUCCAGAGAAGAAGCCCCUCAUUAAAAGAGAGAAGCCAGAAGAAAUCUAUGCCGCUGUCAGAAAGGGUUCUGCAAAGAAGAGAAUCCAUCCUGUUCAAGUCAUGAGUGAAUUUAGAGGCAGAGAAAUAGUCUAAUAUUUAGCCACUUUGUGUGUUCCUAUCUUGAAUUGCUGAUGAUUUUUCAUCUUUUCCUCCACUUAUUUAAUAAUUAUAUAUGUUAAUGUUUUGCUUUUCUCUAAUUCUGUAAGAUAACACUUGCUUAAAUUAUUUGAAAAUGCUGUUGGAUUAGUUAGAAGCACACAGUUGAAAAAAAAAGACAAACAAAAGCCACUUUUUGCAAUGACAAACUCUCAUGUUUUUGCACUGGCCUGUUUUCAACAGAGCACUUUUAGUGGUGCACUUUGGGACUGUGCUGUAGCUGGAAAGGAGGAAGCAAUGUGCCAACAUGCCCAGAAUCAUGCUGCAUUCAUGAGGCUUUAGGUGUUCCUGUGCCAGGGAUGAGUGUGGCCACUACUAAACAGUAUGUAUUUUAUGACAUACAGCUUUUUAAACACAUUGCCACAGGGCCAGAUCCUUGCUUGGCAUCAUUACACCAUGAUCAAGUCAUGAUUUGAUGUGAACUGAGAGUCUGGGCCCUAAACUGGGGUCUACACUGAAACAUCUAAAGACAUCCCCUUGACUAAGGCCCAGCCUUGGAAAUGAAAGUCUGAAAAUGUUUGAUGAAACACACAAAGUAUUAUAACAAUGUGGAUGUACUAAUGUAAUUAAAAAAGCACUGACUGCAACACAGCAAUAAUGACAGCUCUUUAAAAGGCCUUAGGAAGCAUUAACAUGGAUCUGUGUUCUGCUCCCUGUGAGCCCUAAGAAAUCUGCUGGCUGUUGUAUUCGGUAGUUCAGAUAAAUCAGACAUUAAAAACAAAACUCUUCUAAUUGCUGCACAAAAGAACAAACAUGAAAUGAGAUCAGUGUGUGAAAUACACAUCUUUAAUCUUACUAAUGGUGAGAUUUUUGCAAGGUAACUGUAGGGAUUUAAGCUACUUUUCUUAUGACAGUAGAGUCCUAAACGCAGGACUGUGCUGGUAAGUGACCUGCUGAAUGGCUGCACUCUUGUCUCAAACUACAUAAUGAAGGUAAAAGCUGUUAGUCCAGACCUCUGCAACUUAAGAGAAAUAUAAUGUUUCUAAAUCCAUUUGAAUCUGAAAUCCACUUGGACAAUUUUUUUUUUUUGAAGAAUCUAACUUGCCUUCCCUGCCAUGUCAUGAAGUUCUCCCAGGCUACCCUUGUUACUCAGAAUGUCUUUGCCUGGCAAUUCAGUAAAUCCCUUGCUAUGGUUUUUUUGCAUUUGCUAAGGUGAAAGGGCUCCCUCAAAGGCCAGAACUUCAUGAUGUGUCACUCACUGCCUUUGUGAGGCAGCUCCAGACUAUGGGCUGCUGCUCCAUGUCAUUUAUUACCAUGCUUUGCACAUCAGUGCCCUGACCUGGCACAGUGUGGGCAGCAAAAAUAACUGUAAAUGGUGCCUUUCCUCUUGGGGGCUGCUCUGUUUCUAAGCUCAGGAUGGUGGGGCAGUACAAUUUCUAGGCUGUUAAUUAAGGAACUCCAUGAAACCUAUAGUGCUCAUGAAUUAAAAAUUUUCUAGAUGAUGAUUCCACCUUCCCAAACUUUGCUGUCUGUUAAAUGAAACCAAAGGAGAAGUUUGAAAGAAAAUCACCUCUUGUCAACUAAAGUUCCCUCCAGUGUGUUUGCAUGAAGAUGUUAGUAAUAUGUAUUGGGCUUCGCUAAUAAUCUUAGGGUGACAGAGCCAGCAGGUGUUACUGUCUUUAAACCCUCAUGUCUGUCAGGAUACAGGUCACCUUGAUACCAAACAUUUGUAACUAAUGCCUUGUUAUUGUAUUAUUAAUAAAAAAGCACAUGCACCACUGAUAAAA